AUGGGCAGCACCCCGCGUCGGCGCACAAAAGUCCCUGCUGCGCCUGGGGCGUACGCCGCCACCCUGGCUGGUGGUAACCUCACCGGCACGUUCGCGGUGAAUACGAGUGGCUAUCAGCUAUUAAAAGCAGGUGUGGGAAGUGUCAGCGGCUUGUCCAAGCCACCACCAGGUGCCUUGCAAAGUGCCGGUCAGGGGCGGGCGGCGAUGCUUGUAUCAUGGUCAAAUGCGGUGUACCACACGUUCGACCAUGUUCAACGAGCGUUCUGCAGCUCAGGAACUCAGCCUGACUACCACUACCGUGACGUAGUCGUGGCUACACUUACACGAUAG